AUGAAAACGCUGACACGCGAGAUUAACGCGACGCUGUUGGCACUGGAGAAUUCAGGUGCAAUAUCGCCAAUCGACCGACGCAUGGCGAGAGCACAAGAAACGGCCCUAGCCCGAUUCUACGGUCUCCCAAAAGUGCACAAAAGGGGGCGCUACUCUCCGGCCUAUCGUAUCACUAAAGCCCACUCCAACCUACGGACUGGCAAAGUGGCUGUUCCAACGUCUCAAGUUCCUGACCUCCGACUCAAAAACCACAGUCAGCUCCUCAACGCAAUUCUUGGAGAAACCAAACGGAGUAAGUCUCCUGCCAAGCGACAUCAUGGUUCUGUUUGAUGUCACGUCACUGUUUACUUCUAUCCCGCAGGGCCUGGCAGUCGAGACCAUCGAACUACUCCUAAGAGAGAAAUACGACGGAACGGAGAAUCGCCUCGGACACGUCCAAAACAUCCAGCUCCUGAAGUUCUGUCUCAAGACGUAAUUUACGUGGACGGAACAAUCUCCGAGCAAGUGAAAGGAACGCCAAUGGAGUCGCCGAGUUCGGGAAUCAUAGCCGAGGUGGUCCUACAGCGGUUGGAGUCGCUGGUCCUUCAACACCACAGACCCAAAUUCUGGGCUCGGUAUUUGGAUGACACCUUCGUCGUCAUCGAACGGGAUCAGGUGCUUACGUUCAAAGAACGUCUCAAAAGCGUCUUCCCGGACAUACAAUUUACGAUGGAGGAGGAAAAAAAUAACCAGCUGGCCUUUCUUGACGUCCUCGUCUGCCGCAAUGAUUGUGGUGGUCUAAAGACCAAAGUGUUCGGGAAAGCGACAAAUACGACGCAAAUACUAAACUUCAAUAGCAACCACCCGAUCAGUCACAAACGCAGUUGCGUAAGGGCGCUAUACCGGCGCGUUGAGACGAACUGCAGUGAAAUGGACGACAGGGCUGCUGACUUACAAUAUCUUCGACGGGUAAUGAGAGCCAAUGGUUACCCGAGCAACUUCGUCAACCGGUGAAUGCGCAGAGGAGACCAGAAAGAGAACCGUGCCGACCACAGAUUCUGGCGAGCGAUCCCGUACAUCAAGAACGUCUCCGAGGCGGUUAGCCGCCUUCUUGCACCUCUUGGGGUUGGAGUUGCACACAGACCAGAGGCCACCAUGUGGCGUCUGAUGAUGAGACCAAAAGACCCACUGCCACGGCAUGAAACAUCAGCAGUCGUUUUCCGGAUCUGAUGCAGUUGCGGACAAAGCAACUACGUCGGAGAAACUGGAAGACUGCUUCGAACGCUAAUUGCCGAACACGCGGCAGCGGUACGGACAAAUGAUGCCAACUCACAGGUCGCGGCCCAUUCGACGAGACCCGGCCACACAUUCAAGUUCGAUGAGGUCGAAAUUCUCGCGAGAGGGGAUAAUCGUGUGAGCCGCGAGUUGCUUGAGUCAUGGUUCACGGGACCUCAAUCAAUCAACAAGUGCAACGACAUGCCCACUCCAUACUGCGUGGGGAGGCAUAGGCUGGCCAAGUUAAUUGACCACUCGGGGCGCGCGCAAGCCGGUGAGCCAGAUGGCCGAGCAAUCAUCACGCCAGCAUCCAACACGGGUGAGGACUAUUGGGUUAUUAACAACUUGCAUGCCGGCCAGCAAGCAAUAAGCGCACCAUCGGGCAACGGUCCUUCAUGAAGGGGAACGCGGUUAAUUGCUAUAGGUGUGCGGUAUCAUAGCGACUGCAUCCUAUAAAUACUGCAGCUUCCUGUGCAGGCGUCACCCUUUUCUGCUACUGUCUCUGAUGAUGGAUUCAAGUGAGAAUCCGAAACGUCAGGCGAAUAAAGACCUUGUUCCAGCGAUCGCUUCUUCUGAUAGAAUCUUCUGUUCAUCUUCGUAGACAUUGUAAAGUAUUUCCCUUCCCUAAUAUCAAUUUUCAUAUAAAAUCUGAAAGCAUCUUUGCGUCAUGGAGAUACCUUCGUAACGAUAUAACGUCAACGUGCCAAAAGGUUGUUUCUCAUCUAAAUCAAUUGACAUACGAUCAGAUUUUGAUUGAUUUAAGCCCCCACUCGUAACAGUACAUAUGCGAAUUCUAAUAGCGUUGUGGCUUUUGGGGAGGUUUGAUCUUGAUUUCAGACGAUAGUGUUAUGAACUUAAAAAAAUUACCGGUCAUUAUGACCAGCGUUUCUUCCUUUUCGCAAUUACAGUCAUUCUUUUUUAUCUUUCGCUAAAGUAAAGCGCGCAGUCUCCAUGCCGAGAUUUUCACUGUAAAUCAUCUGGAUGCAGCUUUGUAAAGUCAAGACUGUACUCCACUACCUUACCACCAACGUGGUCUUGAUAACUUCUGCUAUUUAAAAUUACUUCGGGCGCUAUUAAAAUUAUUACAUGCUAACUUACCAUUUCUUGAACCUCCCGCCAUUUAACUUCUUAUCUUUAUCUGCCCUAGCUGUUAAUAUGCCGAAAUUCUCCCUGUGUAAUCUCUGCAAUUUUAUUUGAUUUCCUGCAGCUAUGCACCUUAUGAAUGGGGUUUGAAACAGAUUCGCCAUUUUCUAUAAACACAAUGAGCAAAUAACCGACGAAUUAUACUGCAAACUCUGAAGAUGACUACUAAAUAUAUUUGGAAUUUGCCCUUUAUUUACAGUUCUCUUUUACAUUCAAGUAAACCCGCUGAGGCAUAAAACUACAUCCUUUUACCAAUGUCCUUGGUUUAAUUUGCAGCUGAGUUUAGAUUUGACGUUGGGGUAGGCGUUAUAUGUACGGUUAGGCCACGGUCGCAUAUGCUUUUCUAAACUACUGGGCAAAGUUACAGGUACUGCGAGAUAUUCAUUCUAUUGUUCAAAUAACCAUUUUAUUCAAUGCAUGCACUAUAUUUAUUCAUCUUGUUUUCAUUUAAUAUAACUGUGCGUCAUCUGUUAAUUGCAUAUUUAAAGGAAACAUGGCGUUUUGUUUUUUAUCACGUUUAUAUUAUAAUAUUUUGAGGUCGUUAAAAGUGCAUUCCUUUCGCGUCAUAACCGUUCAUUUUUUGAUGUGGCUUAUGAGGUUUGCAGCAUAAUUCACAUUCAUAGUAAUCGUUUAUGAGCCUGCAUAUGACGCCUUCUGAUGGCUUAGAGGAACAUAUAAAUGUUGGCAAAUAUUAAAUUUCAAGACGAAUUUAAACUUAUUAAGCGUUUCAAGACACACACACAUGUAGACCAGUGAUGUAGGGCGUAGAUGGAUGACAAGGCUGAAGCCGCACCUAGGAGUACCAGUAACCUUCUAAACUAAAAGCGUAAUUAAGAUUUUAACCCUAAUAAUGGGUCGAAAGGCCGACGUGUCUGACCGGGUAGUCAUGUUCGUGACCUGUUUAUCAUGCGGAUGCUUAAGCGCCAUUUACGGUUAGGGAACCAGUUACCAGAGAACUUUCAGCCCACACCUGACUGUGAUGGUCAUGGUUUUCAGAUCAUGCCAACGCAGAUGCUGACAUAGCGUGACUUUAAACAUAUUCAUUUAUGCAGGGGCAUUGCAAGUUUACGGAUCUUUAGGCAUAUCAACUGCAGUUUGCAAUGACCUAAUCGUAUAAAGUUUUGGUUGCACGUCUUAUGCAGAUUACUUUGGGUAGAAUGCCAGGGCGCAAGCACAUACAAUUAGCUUCUUGUUUUCGAAAAGGUGCAUGUCUCAGUUAGCAUUUAGAAACCCCCCCAUUUAUGAAUAAUGUUUGUGGAAUCGUGUUUCGCGCAGAAGGAACCUAUCUCACAUCAAACAUUGCAUGCGGUUGGAAAGGAAUUUCCCAUUUGACUGAAAAACGAUGCGCCUCCUACAGCACAUUCUCAUCAAUGAUCGUAGCACCCUCAAAAUCUCCAUGUCGGCGUGUUCAUAACAAAACCCAGCCAAUACUUUUGACAUUUUUGCAAAAUCCUAUGCAAAAGCGAAAAACGAUUGAGAGUCCCCUUUUAAUUUUGGUUUCCUAAUGUUAAACAACGUAUACACCAAGCUCAUUAAACAUGAUAUUUUACGACAGCAGACAGUAUUUCGUCUGACAAAACUACAAAUAUUUACAAUAUUCAUCUUUAUCCUAUCAUUCUUAUGCACAAAAAUGGGUUGACCGACCUGUUAGUAAUUUGAUCUAAGAAGUACUAUCCCUUGCAGAAAAUCCAUAAAAAUUAUUCAUGCAACGAAAUUCGUGAUUAAUGGAAGUUAAAUAUCCACUGGUCUGUUCAUUGUCAUGAUAUGAUUUUCACUUUGUAGGCCGCAUAUUUCUGUACUGCCAAAAGUUACUGCCGACACACUAUGGACCGUGAAAUCAACACUUUUUGAUGCAGGAUGGCUCUGAAUUAACUGGCACGCAUGUUUAACAUCUUUAAUAAAUUUGGAGGGACAGGUUCAUAUGCAUUGUCCGAAGCAUUUUUAUAUGUACCAGUGUGGACAAUUGAAUCAUAUUUGGCAGGUUGUUGUCGCCUUUCCAGUAAGUAACAUUGGCAGAUGCCUUCAGUUCUAAACUACGUAACUUGAUCUUAAAAUAUUUAGCGGUAUUUCGCGGAUCAUCCAGUGUUUUUCCGAUGUAAGCUCUGUUAGUUUGACAAUGUGCAUGAAAUAAGAACACAGGUUAGAGGCAUGUCGAAAAUAGCGUUCGGCCUACAUUUUGCUCGUAUACUUAAUGGUGAUACUAUUAACCUUAUUUUACCUAUCAUAAUAUAUGAACCUCGACAUAAGGGGUCGGAGAUAAGCAUGCGUAUUGCCAGUAACUUUCUGCUUGUUCGUCCCGUACAAAUGUUUAAUCAAAGGACAAGUGCUCCGCGUGGACUAUAAAUAUGACGAAGAAACGCCCUUUUUACUCGCUAUUAUUUUCUCGAAGCCGUGGUAAUCAGCUUGCCGAUUCAAGUAUUCAGCAACACCAUUGAGAGUAAAGCCGUAACUAGAAUAAGGGCAUCUUGGUAUAUCUGACGACAAAAAACUCACGUUAUUAUUUUUGUAGAUUUAGAUAACUUUCAUUAAGAUAUUUACCGACACACUUGGGUAACCUAAACUGUCAAAUGUUGGUACUGUGCUAAACGUUCUUUAGUUGGAGGUGGUUGGUCGUUUGUAAUGUACUCUGUCUAAUGUUCUAUGCGUCCUGUGCAAACGCCAUAGAGUUCGUGGCAGUUCAUAAAACAUAAACUUAACUAGGAUGCCUUUUUGCAUGUUGCUUUGCAAUGUAUGUCUUUUUGAUAAGUGUUCAAAGGAUUAAUCACGUCUGUUCACAUGGUAUGAGCUGUGGUGCCUGUGAUCCCCAUUCGAUCGCGCGGCUAAAAGUGCUUGUAUCUAGAGAAAAAAAAAAUUAACCUAGUAGUUUGGAGUUUACUGGAGAUGAAAAUUUACAAAACGAGUCGAUGCAGGCCAGGAAAUGUAUAAUUUGUACAUGAAAAUUAUUAGUAAGUUAAAUAAUAUUAAUAGCUGGUGGUGCUGUCGACAUGAAACUGAUAUAUAAGGUAAAUUACGUAAUGUCUAGUUGUGUAGGACGCCGCAGACAUAUAAUCCAGCAGAAUGUACAGAUAUCAGAAGUAUAUGAAUUUCCGUUCAUUAUGAGUCUGAUUUUCGCCUAUCGUAUGAUCUUCGCUAGUUGAAGGUGCACACAAUUUCUAUGGAUGCUCACGCUAAGAAAGUAGUCUCGAACGUGUGCUUAUUGCAUGAAAAUGGGUUGAGCGUCCGCAAAAAGGAGUCCACUUACCAAAGACAAAUAAAAUGAAUGGAUGGACUGCACACUAACGCAUUUAUUCUCAGUUACGGAUGUAACCGAAAUAGGCCAAAACUGGAACCUUACGUUAAACAUUCUCAGGAUGUAAAGUGCUAGAAGACCCACUGAACGCAUGGAAAACGUCUUUUGGUGUCGGUUGACGUUUAGUAAGUCGGAAAGGAUUAUUACGGUGUUCUAAUUAUAUCUUGUGGUGAUUACUCUUAACUCAUCUCUUUACAUGAUCAGUCGUAGGGUAAAUAUGUCAGUGCUCUUCGGAUUGCGACACACGUCUACGUUUAUUGUGAUCCCAUGACGUCUGACAUACAAAUGUCAAUCGAUCAUUUAUGGCGGAUUAUGAGUCGUAAUGUAGACCUACAGAUUUUACAAUCGAAACAGUACUUUGUGUGUACUUCUUCCAAGAUUGUCAACAUAAGAGUCAAACAAACAGACGGCGUAAGUGCAUCUGCAAUUCCGUAGAAAAUAAAAAAAGAGACCGACAGAGAACAAUGUCUUAUUAUUCAGGGGCUCCCUGAAUCAAGUGCAAUUACUCCCAAGGAUCGAAUUUCGGAAGACCUAUCACUCUCCCAAGGUCUUCUCAAUAAUAUUUUAGAACCCACGGAGGCUAUUGAAGUGAUCAAAGCCUUCCGCCUUGGAAAACGAGCAGAUAAUCCAUCAAUGUCCACUCGACUCCGGCCUCUUUUGUUGUGCUGACCAGCAGCGAUCAAGCCAGUCUCAUUUACUCCAGGCGAUUCAAGAUUAAAGGCUCCAAACCCGGUGUUUUUUUUCAGCCGGACUACUCGCCAGCCGAACGGCUCAAGCGUCGUCAGCUGGUUCUAGAACUAAGAAAGAGGCUCAGCGAGGGGGAGAAUAAUUUAGUUAUAUACAACAACCAAGUACGGCGGCGUCCGUCACUCUUCCUUUGGACAGGUCCUGUCCGAAUGACCGCGCAGCCGACAUAUUAAGUGAAGGCGCUAACCCAAAUGUAACCACAUCUUCCGUCAGCCGGAAAUUGAAAUUCUUGUACACCAACGUGCAGAGUUUGAUAUCAAAUUUCGACGAGCUGAAGAUCCACCUCUGCGACCUAUCCCCUGACGUAAUCUCUCUAACAGAAACCUGGUUGACCCAACACCUGGACGACCGUGAGCUGGCCUUGCCUGGAUACCAGAUGUUUAGAAGGCAUAGGGAACGGCGUCAGGGAGGAGGCGUACUAACGUAUGUAAAAAAUGAGCUAAAUGUAUCAGACAAGACCGAUAACUUUUCGUGCAGUUCGAGGCAAUCUAGUUGUCUAUUAAAGUGCCGAGCUCGCCUAGCCUCGAUGUCCUGACAGUUUAUCGACCGCCGAGACGGGACAACAUGGCCGACGCUCGCCUGCUGGAGGAGCUCGAAAAGUUCGCUACGCGGCCGGAUAUCCUAAUCAUGGGUGACUUUAACGCGCCCCAUAUUGACUGGAGCUCAACCCAUGCAAAUAGCUCAGAACAGACCUUCGAUAGGAGUUUUCUGAAAACGGCAUUGAAGCUAUUUCUCACUCAACACGUCAUGUUACCAACUAGAGUACGCGAAGGCCAACAAGCCAACUGCCUUGAUCUUGUCCUUACGAAGUCACAGGACAGCAUUGAUGAGGUGUCAUGCCUACCCCCCUUAGGUAAAAGUGACCACGUCGUUCUUCUAUGGGAUUACUCGCUUUUGUCCAUGCCCAAGAAACCCGGGACAGUUAGAAGAAACAUUUGGCGCGGGGAUUUCGACCAAAUGAGGGCUAAAAUUUUACGCAUUGAGUGGGAGUCCAUAUUUGUUGGGAGCAUACUCGAAGACUGGCAACGGUUCCGAGAAAUUCUGCACGAGCUGAUCGUAAACCACUGUCCGCUUUCACGGAAGAGGUUAACUAACAGACCUCGAUGGCUUACGCAAGCCUUGAAGAAUGAAGUGAAUAAAAAACGACGGCUGUGGAAAAAAUCGCUUUCUGACAGGAGCCCAACAUAUAUAUGCGCGUACAAAAUCCAAAGAAAUCGAGUCAAGGGUCUUAUUCUCAAAACUAGAAAGGAAUUCGAACGGGAUCUGCUUAACCGUGCCGCGGAGAACCCUAAAUUAUUCUACGGUUGCAUUAGGCAGUGCACGCGGAACAAGGACCCAAUACCCCUGCUAAGGACUGCUGAAGGCGAGCAUCUCACUGACGACAGGGUGAAAGCUGAUCACCUUUCAGCACUUUUUUCGUUCUGUUUUUAGUUGCGAAACAGGACUCAACCCUUCGGCCCUUCAAUCCUUCGAAGACACCCCCAUUAUAGAGACCGUCCAGUUCACUGAGGGUAUGGUUCUGACGGAGUUGCUGAGGCUAAAGGAAUCCAAAUCACCAGGUCCCGAUGGGAUUCCGGCGAAGAUUUUGAAGGAACUCGCCGGUGAGUUGUCUAAGCCAGUCUCCAUGCUUUUCCAUACAUCCUUCGAGACCGGAUAUCUGCCACCCGACUGGAAGUCGGCGUGGAUUACGCCGCUGCACAAGGGCGGAAGUCGGGUCUCUGCGAACAGUUACAGACCGGUCAGCCUCACCUCCAUUUGCUGUAAGAUUAUGGAGAAGAUAAUAAAGCAACAACUAAUGCAGUUCCUUGAACAAAACCAUUUGCUUUCCGAUUCUCAGCAUGGAUUCCGAAAAGGCAGAUCCUGUGUGACAAACCUGCUCUACUGUCUGGUACACUGGACUAGGGCUGUUGAUAGAGGAGAUAUGGUGCAUGCCAUCUAUAUCGACUUUUAAAAGGCCUUCGAUAGUGUGCCUCACCACCGCCUUCUAUACAAACUUAGCCGUGCAGGAGUGCGGGGUAAGCUUUUGAUGUGGAUUCGGAGCUUUUUAAUCGGCCGCUCUCAAGCCGGCCACGUCGGUGACCAACAAUCUGCCGAGAUUGCCGUUAAGAGUGGUGUUCCCCAAGGCUCCGUUCUUGGCCCUACGCUGUUCCUCGUAUACGUCAAUGACUGCGCAAACAAACUGAAUUGCGAUGUUGCAAUGUUUGCCGAUGACAUAAAGAUUUGGAGUACCAUACGAAGCGAAGUUGACGAGGCGCGACUGCAGACAAUUCUGGACCACCUCGAGCAAUGGUCGAAAGACUGGCUUCUACCGUUCAACGUAAACAAGUGUACUUUCCUACGCGUCGGCAGAACCAGUUCUCCUAACCACACGGUCUACCUUCUGACUGGCAAACCACUGCAAGAAGUCGACGCCCAGAAGGACUUGGGUGUAUGGAUCACAACCUCGCUUAAGCCUUCGCUGCAAUGUUCAAAGGUGGUCAAGUCGGCGAUGUCCAUGCUAUACAUUGUCAAACGGGCGUUCUCCUCCUUUGAUGAAGACUGCUUCGCCAAGGUCUUUCAAACUUUUGUGCGACCGCAUCUGCAGUUUGCUAUCCAAGCAUGGCGACCCUGGACCGCUAAAGACUUGGGUAUACUCGAAAAAGUUCAACGGCGAGCAACAAAACUUGUAUCUGGGCAGUGGUCACUACCCUACGAAACGCGAUGAGCUAAUCUUGACCUCUUUCCUUUGGGUUACAGACAGCUACGUGGGGACCUGAUACAAGCUUUCCGCAUCGUGCGCAAUCAGGGCUGCUGCCUCGCGUUUGGAGACUUCUUCGAGUUGGCGACUACGACUAACCUGAGAGGCCAUCCACUCAAACUGCGUGUGGCUGGCGCCCGGCUAGACACCCGAAAGUUCUUCUUCUCCAACAGAGUGGUUGCAGCUUGGAAUGCCUUGCCCGGGGAUGUUGUUAUGUCAGGCUCGGUAGAUACUUUUAAAUGGAGACUAGAUCAGCAUUGUAGCGCGCACCACAAUAACGCCAGACUACGGCCACCUUGACAGCCAACGCGGACAAUUUAGUGUUACAACGAUGCUACUACCAACAUUUAAGUAAUAUAUGUUUAUGUUAUUUAUUAAGCAUGGGCCACGUCGCACACCGCUGUUCGCAUUCACCACGAUGCCUGUAGACUAAACAAUUUUACUUCUUUUCCCGUGUCUUAAGUGAGCCUCAACUGUCCGCUGUAUUUUGACCAACAAAGCAAGUUAACGUGCCUCUAAACUCUGUUAACGCAUGACAUUCUGUGUUCAUCUGUACAGUUUUUGCUAUUCCGCUCGCAUUUCUUUCAUGUUACUUCCUUUCCAUUUCCUCCAUAUAUAUCCUCUGCAUUUAACCAAUAGGGAUUUCAAAGGUACACACCUACUUUCCCUGAAAUAUACUGAUACUGAUACUGAAUAAAGUCCUUUCCAGUAUGGAAGCGACUAGGUGAUGCGGUUAUCAGGAUGUGAUUGCUGAAUUAAGCACAAGUAAGUGGAAGUAUCCGCUGCGUCAGUCGGUUGCUCUGUGCGCGACACUCGGUUAGCUGUUAAUUAUAAAUAUCUAAGUCUGUAGCCGUGCAUUCGGUAACAGGUCCGGAGAGCGGUAGAUAUUUUUAGCAACGGAACAUAGUUGUUCGCCAAAAGAAGCGAAGAUACGAAUCCCAGGAAUUAGUCAUGAAGACGGAGACAGGAUCGCUAUGACAAGAACUUUAUUAGCCGGACGUUUCGGAUUUCUGCUCGAAUCCAUCAUCAGAGACAACAGCAGAUACAUGUGAUUUACGCACAAGCGCUGCAGUAUUUAUACGAUGCACUGGCCAUGCUACCACAUACAUAUGAACAUUCACAGCUCCCCCCAUCAUCCGGGAUCGUUGCAUUUGGUGUGCUAAUUGUUUGAUGGCCGACAUUCGUGUCGUUAAUUGCUGCAAUUUCAUCACGUGCGUUGGGUGUUGGUGUGAUGAUUGCUCGGCCGCUGUGCUUAGACUUAAUUUUUAUUAAAAGAAACAUGACGGAAAAUCUGUCGGUUUAUUUCUCUUUGCCCAAUGGAGAAGCGAAUUCUACGUAUGCCCUCGGACGGCUAAACAUACUAGCCUUUGUUUUGCUACACCUCGGUGAGCGCGCGCACAACCGGCCGAAUGGCUUUGAAAGUUGUCGUACAUAUGCCUACACCUCUGCCUUGGGUAAAUAAUAUCUAUCGUUUAACUACGCGUAGAUUAAAAUUAAAAUUUUCUGGUGAGCUUUUAUGGGUGAGGCCAAAGGUUUCACCGCAACGCAGUUGUUGCCCAUGGUCAGAUAGCAUGUAAUAAACUCGAAUUAAGUCAAAAAAAUUUACCGCUAACGUAAAUCAAAAAAUUGAACCGUUUUUGUACUUAUGUGAAAGCACAAUUAUACUGAAGACAGUCAACAGACGUAAACCAUAACGAACCACAAUUUGCUUGGUAACACAGAAUAAAGUCUAAAGACGAUAUUUACAAGGCAUUUACGAAGGCCUUAGCAAGAAAACAAAUAUAUAAUAAUGGUAAAACAAUGGUAAAAAAGAGCCUAGAAUUUUAAGAAUGCCCUCUUCUUCUGCCCCAUAAUAUAUUCCCCGAGUAUUGUGAUAACGGAGUUUAUCUUUCCAAGAUGCAGAUGCCAUCUUCAGCAUUAUAGGAAAUGUCAACUUCCAGCUGCAGCGUGGCAUAAUUUAUCAAUUUUGUAACUCGAAUAACGGAUGACAGAUCCUACUCUUCAUAAUAAACAUUCAGUUAGAAAAAUGAGAACGUCUCUUUCGCUCGCAGGGAGUGCCACGCAUGAAUCUAAAGCCGGUUUUCUCGAUAGGGAUUAUAGAUUUCUCAUCCGGUUGAGAGGAACUAAAGGCAGAAGAGCAGGUGCCAGACUGUAAACCUACCUUUUAGCUAGUACAGCAACACGGGACUGUGAAUGUAACUUUAACGAUUUCACACUUACUGCAGAGAAAAUGACCGUCCUACGCCAGUAUCACUAGAAGUUUUGAUAAACUGCAAAUUCAUCAUUUUUAUCACUGGACAGUUUUACGGAUAGGUGAUCCGUCCUCCAUGUUAAUUUUCAGUAGGUGAUGCAGCAACGCGAAAUUUAGUUCAACUUGCACUCGAAAGACAUCGCCAUGAGAGAGUCUUCAUAGAUAGUAUUAGCGGGAAACAUUACGUUAAUGGGGAACAACAGUUUUUCAUACACAUGUACCACGCCCGAGAAACAAUGACAUAAUUCGCAUUUACCCAGCAAAUGCAGCUUGCGUUCUGCGUAAAAACAGACAAUGCUGGAAUGUAUGAGAAAAAGUAAAAAGAAAGGAUUAUCGCGUUGACAAUCUUACUAGGGACCAUAACGACAUAUCAGACGUGUAAGACUUUCUGUUCCCAUCAGGGUGACCAUAGAUAGUAAUCGUGGUCAUUUUUGAGCUAUGGGCACACUAUACACACCCUAAAUUUUUAAAAACGUAACAUAUUAAUUUCCGGGUAUGUGGGAUGACAGACAUCACUGCACAGUAGGACACCUUUCUCAUAGUUCCGAAAAAAAAAACGCUUUAGUAGAGGGAGAUGGCAAGUUAUGUGUUCCAGUUCGACACGAUUGCGAAGUGAACAGUAUAGGGGAAAAAAAUUCAUUUGAGGCAUAACUCGUUGUGAAACAACCUAUUUAAGGGCGGAAAGUACUAUGAACGACCGCUUAUUUCAGCAUGUUAACAAGAACUUACAGCAGCUGACCUGACAGGACAUGUUCUCUUUUUGUGCGCACGUGAACUGAUGGUAUACUUAUCCUAAGUGCGGUUACUCGAUGCAUACGCAAAUAUUUCUGCAUCAUACAAAGCAGGUUUUGGUAUAAACAACCAACUUCUACGUCUGAUGCAACACUGUUUCUUGCCUGACAGUUUUUUUCCACAGUGAACCCUCUGCGCUUCUUAAUCCGCUAUUUAUUGAAUGCUUUCUGCUUGCUUAAAUUUGUUGGAGAAUAGUUGACCAAUUCACAACGUUGUUGAGCCCGAGGAAGGAGGGUCGGCGUCAUUUACGCAAAAUGCAGUUGUCUAUAUACGAUGAAAAAAAUAAGGAAUGCACUCACUCGGCAUAUUCGCUACCACCAAGACAGGAAUAUCCAGAAGCGUCACAUCAGGGUCUUGGCAUUUUAAGAAAAAAUAGUAAUGCGUGUUACUUGCUUCUGAGGAGAAGAAAAAAACGUCGUGUACCAGACUUACGAAAUGAGUCAAAUUGAUAUUGCUUAAAUUCACUAAGCCAACUAAGGUCUCUAAACACUGCCUUUUUAAAGGGCGCAUGUCUAACUCAUUAAAAAUGUGAGUUUUAUAUACGACCAUAAUGCUAUAAAUACGAGCAUUAUUUUGCUGACUUCUUUGCGAAAGAGAGUUGAGAUAUUAUAAAUAUAGUGAAGUCCAAAAAUACAAUAAUAUCGUCGACAUCUUCCAGGAAUCUAGGCAAUUAUAGUAAUAAACGACCAUAAAAAGUAAUUCAUCAUAAACCACAGAACGGUUGGCUUAGGAAAUGUCUGAAAUGCAUGCAGAGGAGUGAUCAGAUAUUUCUAAACUAAAAAUGCUUCUAACACGUGUACUUGCUGUAGACCAACAAACUACCAUGUUCCCUUGAGGCCGAAAAGUCAGCAGAUUCUGUGGGGAGGACAUUUCUUCUUUUUAAAUACUGAAAAUGUCCACUGGCAUUAAUAUACCGUAAUUUUUCGAAGACAUAUAUGCCUCGAAAAUAACCCAUCAUGACAUCCAUGUGUAAAAGAUGGUUGUGAAAUGUUUUGAGGAAGUACGUAUUUCCAGAACGUACAGAAUGCCGCACAACUUUUAUCCGCCCAACGCGCAUACACUUCAAGACGAAAAAGUACUGUUUUCUUCUGUCGACUCGAAUUUAUGACUCUUUUCCUAGGCGAGGCUAUUUUCCAGACUGUAUAACUACAUAACUGAUUGAGCUUCAGCGGUUCUCGGCAUAUUUUAACUCAAAGGACUAGCAUAAAGAUUAAAAGAUACCGAAAACUUAUAUAAUGCAUUUUCGCCCUGUCGAAAUUCCACUUGAAGAAUACCAUAAACAUCAGAAGAAAAAUGAUAUCUUAUAAAUUCAACGCCUCCCGUUAUUAUAAGUAUCCCAAAAUGAAGUAUUGUAUCUACAUGGUGUCAGCACUUGAGAUUGGCCUCGGCUACGGUUGAGGUAACGUUAGUGUCAGCGUUUUCUGACAGCAUAGGACUGGAGUAGAUAGUUGCACAGACAUUGCCUCGGCCGGUGUUAGUAUCCAUUGGCGUAGGCGAUUAAAGAAGGUCGCUGAUGUCCACUUGACAAUUUAAAAUGCUUCCUUGACAUCCACUCGCUGUCUCGCAUCGACUAAAUGUGUGUAAAUGAAACUCGCGAUCGAUCGGACCCCACCUCUUUCUAAGCAGUUAGGCAUAAUUUAACGCGCCCUCAUUACCAGGCGCCUUGCUGUACGACCACUGUGCCCCGCUCCACAGGAGCAAGUGAAUGAUUAAACACAAACUGUUAUGGUCCUUAACGUUAGUCUACCUUUACCUCCCAAACAUAGGAUGUUCGAUUUUGUGAAGCGUAUGCGUAAGUUCGUCGCGGGGAAUGUCCUCGUCAUAGCCGUAACCAAGCUCCGUCUGGCUAGUUUGCUCUCUGCGUCCCCUGCAAGAGGCAGUUUCAUGAAUACACCAUUCAUAUCUGCAGUCACAACUGCCUUCCCAAAUAUUUCGGAGUAUAAACCUAUCACGGUAACCGUUGUCGGGAAAAGUGUUCCGCGGUUGUUGUGGUGUACUUUUUAAAGCCAGUUUUUAUGCGUAAACUGGCGAUUAGUUUUACGUUAAGGACGCAGAAUGCGAAUGUUAUGAAACUCUUUGAGGGGGACGACCAGACAUGGAUGGUUUAUAUUCUCAUACGGGAUUUUUAAUUUGUUGUUGAAUAUCUUUCAAUAUCCAGGUGCCUGCUAGGUUUGUCAAUCGCUGCUUUUCAUAACUACGGAUUUCAUAUGUCGUGAAUCUUUCCUCAAAGGACUGAUUGACACUCAAAUCGUAGCAAUGGACAUGCUGGGGUAACUGACUUAGUUUCGAUUAGUUUGGUUAGCUGCAUUUUGCCUGCCACCGUACAUUCUUAACAAGAUCGCAAAAACACUAUAAACUUACAGUAGGUGAGCUAAUUCAUUAAAUGUCAACCGAAAUUCCGAAAUGCGUUUUUGUUAUGAAAAUAUCAAUUAAGCAGGUGUGUAAAACUAAUCACUCUGCUGUAAAAUUGCAUAGUCAUUCAGUUGCCUCAGGACGCCGGCUUUUAAAUGAACUUCAUUCCGCCUGUAUACAAAAACUAUUUUUGUAUUAAAAUGUGUACUUACGUAGUAUGUAUAUUUCUCUUUGAUUUUCACUGCCCCUAAAGGUCCAAUUAUAGUUCAUGGGAAACAUACAUAGAAAUAUCCAUUCUUUUACGUAUUUAUUAGAACAUCACGUCUUUCUUCAAAUUUAUACUUGGAGACGAGGCAUAAUUCGGUUUUAAAAUAGUUCUUUCUAGGGAAGCUUUUUAAUACCGUGAAAUGAUCGCUCAUAAAAUGUCAUGUCUUUGUGUUUACCAAUGCGACUUUUUAAGUUAACAAUAUGGAUCAAAUCCAGCGUCAAAUUUUAUAAACCCGAUAUGCAGAAAAAUGUGUAGUUUUCCGUACGUGGAAACCCUGAACGCGAGUGUGGCGGCAGAGCGGAUUCAAAACUAUUCGGAGAUUGGAAAGGUUUUUAUAAACUAAAUGAUGCCAUUCCUUCGUGCACAAAUUAAAGGAGAUGGAAGGGUCUAUCAAAUAAGCGAAAACAUAAAUAUUUUUAUGCAUGUUUUUCAUAAAAUAUAAUUAGACAUUUAGAGGCAACGAAAACCAAUGAGAAAAAUACCCUCAACGCAAGUAGUCAUUUUUACAAAGAUAGGUUUUUCAUGCAGGCGCAAGGAAGUUCCUUUGAAAGCCCACAUCAUGCGGCAACUGAAUUAUUAACAAUUUUACUGCAGAAUUAGUCGUUUCGCAACACUACCUAGUAAAUAUGUUCUAAGCAAAAACGUAUUUCGGAAUUUCAGUUUAAAUUUCAUAAGUAACCCCACCUACUCUAGUCUUUUAUCUGACUGCCAGUAACCCUGAAGGCUGAAUUCGUAUUUGAAAUCAUCACUUGACGUAGUUUAGGGUACAGAGAAACAGAUUUCUAUGAGCCGAUUUUUUAUGUCAGGCACACCUGCCUAUGCACCUGUCAACCCGCGUGGCCAAUGAUUGUACGACAGUUUAGUUGCUCGUCUGGUUGGUAACUUAAGCUACAGUAGUAUAUUAAUUGAAAAAUCACGUUACUGUGACAAAGAAAUGAAUCUUCUGAUUGUGCUCCACAUCUUACUUCAUUGCGCAGAAUCCUGCUUCUUCAUAAACAGUAAAUGGCAUUUCAAAUUUACAUAAUGUACCAAUCCAUUAAAAACCUUGCAUAAGAGACAUCCAUUAUCCUAUAAAUAUGAAUAUUUCCGUUAUGAUACCAUUUGACCAUUGUAAACUGUUUUAAUAAAUAGUUUCUCAGUAAUAUCCACAAACUCUGAACACAAUCAUUCAUCGUUUAUCUUUUUAAUAAUUCCUUAAACAUUUCUGCCCCAAGAAAUACCCAAAUGUCCGAAACACGGCUACAAUAUCAUCCUCGAUGACGUCGCUAUGUAUUUGGCACGUCAGGCUUAUCGUUCGAGCUUUGAGAGAAAGGUUUUCCUUUUUGGGAAUUCGCGUUAGAAACUGAACGUGCUCAUUGACCGGGCAUCCUUACACUUCACAUGCACAUUUCUACGAGACGUAGCGCCCGCCAACUACCUACAGUACGCAUGCCGAUACCCUUUUCCUGAAGCCAAAUUACAUAUUGAAAAGCAAGUAAGUUGACAAGCGAAAAAGACUUUCUCGUACGAGUCUCUCUUAAUUGUAUUUGGUACGACAAUUACAUUAUUAUAAUCGACUUGUUUUUAUAUUAGGAACUGUUAUCGCAAAGGUUUACUAACAUGUGGAGAUUAUAAGGAUAUUUUCUCUUCGAUCUACCUGACUUGACUUUGGACGUGACUCUCGAUAUCACUUAUUGGGGAAAGGAAUUUAACACGCCAAAUAAGAUUUGACUGUCCUCCCUCCAAUGUUUUAACCUCACCAACAAAUGCUACUGUGCGCACUGAUGAAGGCAUAGACCCCAUUUUAUUAGCUUUGCUAAAAGUGCCUUCUACUGACUUUUACAAAUUUCUGAAAAGGGGUCUGUUGGAUGCACAUUACAACGAAUGUCUUCAAUAACUGUGAGCGUGGAGAAGCAGUUCGUGGUAAGAAGUCGACUGUUUUGCAAUAAACAUAUACGAAACCCUUCUGUGUUUUGAUAUUUGGCUUCUAAAUUCGGUGCAUUUAAGGCAAGUCGGUCGACCAAACGCUAUAGAUAUAUACUUGAUUUUUACGAAAGAGUCAUUGGGCUGUCUAAUGUGAAACCGCUCAAGAUGUAAUGGCGUCCUCCUGUUUUUAAUCGUAUUCCAUAUCUUCAGAUCACCAACAAACAUUAUUUUUUUGGAGGUCAGUCAAUCUAGGCAAUCGUUCACAUAUAUAAAUAUCACAAUGGGACCCAAAACGCUCUCCUGUGGACCCGAUUGUGAACGGUUUCUCACUCCAAUUUGGCUCUUAUGGUCAUCAAACGCUGACAGCGGCCUUUUGUGGAUGUCGGCAAACGUUUUGAGUAGGUUACAAGUCACACCCAUAAGGCGCAAUUUUUAUACGAGCCGUCUGUGUGGUACUUCUGUUAAGGGCUUUGUAGAAGUCAGCGUAGGCAGCAGCUGCUGUUGAUAUGAGCAGUUUGUUGAGACAGGAUCUACCGCGUAUAAAAAAACGAAAUAAUUUUAUUAAGGAGCCAUCAGGGUCCUUUAAAAACAAGUAAAAAUAUCUUUUCUUAUGAAAUUUACACGAGCUAAGCAGACUUACCACAACAUAUACAAUUCACUGUUCCUGAUGUAGCAAUUCGUAAAAAUAAAUAAUGAGCUAACAGUGCAAAAAAACUCAUUUAGAAUGAAAAAAAUAGAUCAAUUAACUUUACGGGAGAAAACAGCUACUGCUCAUGAGAGGAUAAAUAUGCCUGCAGUAACAGUGCAUAACCUAUUAUAUACGGACAUCUUAAGAGCAGAAAUAAAUGUCAACCAUGGGGGAUAAGCGUGCGGGUCAGACAGGACUGACCUGCAUGCGGUAUUAUAAACGGAAUUCGAUACGGACAUGCAACCUAGUUGGGGCUACUUGCAAGUUGACGCUCAUUUCUUUCUUCUGUUACCGCCUUUCCUUUUAUCGCUAGAAACGAUCUCAAGGGGUUACCAUCUUAAUUAGGCAAAAAACGAUUAACUUUCUUAGGUAGGAAUCAGUUUGGCAGACAUCUCGAUGACAAGCAGGCCAGACUGCGUAAGUCUGGGUUGUCUGUCAGAUGAACCGUGAUGGCUAGUGCCCGUGUGUGGCAGACGGAUUAGGCCUUAAUAUACUUACUGCACUGAAUGAGAGGUCAUCAGGAAAAUGUGUGACCAGUUUCCUGAAAUGAAUUGGAGCAGGGUUUUUACAGAUGCAAAAGUGAGUGACUUUCUGAGAUGACAUGGGUGUAGAUUGGCUUGUAUAAAAAGGUCGGUGUAGAUUGCUGAGGUACUAAGUUGAACCGUCGUCGUCAUUUAACACGAAUUCUCGUCGCAACAAACAAGCAAGCAAUCUCAAGCCGCUGAGAAGGGUAUCGGGAAUGUGAUUUACCGACGGUGCGGCUUUUAUUUAGUGUCAUACAAUUAGGCAUAAUUGUUCUUAAAUUCUAAGUUGUCUGUUAUUCUCACGGAAGAUCGAAUGAGACUUUGAGCUUCUAACAACACUCAUUGAAUGGACAUCGGAGGAAUUUGUUCAGAUAAAUUAUAAAUGGACUGUUUAACAAAUGUUUUCAUAUAUCAUCACGUUGACCUGUCAAUACAACCAUACGCAACUUGCAGAAAUGUUGCAUGUAUGCUGAGAAUUUCGAUCCAUUCAAUAAUGUCGGUGGCGAGUAUUCUAUUCUACCACCUCAGGCGUUGGCUGUCUAUGUCUCCGUUCCAUAUUGUUGCGUUAUAAAACUGUCAUCGUGUGCAUGAUAUGAUAAGUGUUAAGCCUAAAAUAUUUCCAGACGGAACUUGCACCCAGCCCAAAAACUCAGUGGAUCUGUAGAUUAAAAGCGCAUAUUUCUCACUGGUUUUUAUGUCUUGGCUAUAUUGGACUUUAGGUGGGCAUUACGUUUGGCGUCAUCUUAUCAGUGCUUAAUUUUAAAUAUCCCAGAUUUACAGGUCGCUUUUGAACGCAUACGAUUAAAAACUGGCAGUAGCAAUUCCCUUCUCAACCCUUGGCACUGCAUAUCAUAUUGGAUUUUCAUAUUGAAUCGACCGCUGCGAAACUGCAGUCUUAAAUCUAAUAUUAUUUGAUUGCUUGGUAGUGGACAUCGGUACAUUUUCUAGUACAACCCUCAUCCCGCUCUCAAAUAUACAGCGCCCGGAAGGUGUUGAAGGCUAUGCUCCCCAUAAGUCUCCUGUCUGUUUAUCAGAACCUACCACUGUAUAUCGUACUGUUUCUGAAACAGUUAGCUAUUGGAAGACGUUGUUAAUGAUUGUCAAGUAUUUACACACUAAAUUGUUUAAGUGCCUAAUACUUGGGUUUCGGAAUCCUCCGAGUAUCAUUGUUUUGGGGUUUGGAUUCUACAGCGAUGAUGGAAACAAGACUUGAAACUUCUACUCUAGACUCCUCUCAUUGAGGAUGCAGUUAAUGCUCUCAGUCUGCGACCUGGCUAGCGUCUAAUUGUUAAUUUGUCCUCACUUUAAAGGCAAUGGGUAUAACAAAGCACAUCUAUACUCGUGAACAACCAGCCCGGCUAAGUUUCGCGGAAAAUCACUGCGUUGCAGUUAUUACUAGAUCUGAAUUGCCGCUGUGAUUCAACUAGUGUUUAUUAAAAGAAACAUGACUAAACAUUGGUCGGUUUAUUUCUCAGUGCCCAACAGGGAAGCAAAUUCAAUGUAUGCUCUCGGUCGGACAUACAUACUAGCCUUUGUUUUGCUAUACCCCGGUGUGUGAUUUGGUGGGCAUGCUAGGCGCCUGCUCGAUCGGUCGAAUGGCUUUGAACGUUGUCGUGCAUAUGUUCACAUAGGAACAUAAUAUCUAUAGUUUAACUGCGUGAUGAGUAUAAGUAUAUUUUCGUCGAGAUCCUGUAUGAGUCAGGCCGAAGGUGACAUCGCAACACAUCUGUUGCCCGUGGUCAAAAAUCAUCUAUUCACCUCGAAUUAAUUCAAAGAAUUUCACAAAAACGCGCAGUAAUACUAAAGACAAUCAAAAGACGUAAAUCCGAAUGAACCACAAUUUGUUUGGUAACGCAGAAUUGAAUGCAUUUACGAAGCCCUUAGCAAUCAAACAAAUAGAUAAUAAAGGUCAUGCUCGUUGCGAAAGCAAGACAAUUGACGAAGGUAAGACUAGACCCAAGUCUUUUAAAGAUGUCCUCUUCUCCUGCCCCACAAUAUAUUUCCCGAGAUUUAUGAUAACGUAUUUGUCUUUCCAAAAUAAUAAUGGCAACGACAGCAAUAUAGGAAAUGUCAACUUCUAUAUGCAGCGUGGCAUAAUUUAUCAAUUUAAUAACUCGAAUAAGGGAUGACAGAGCCUACUGUUAAUAUGAAGCAGUCAGUUAGAGAAAUUUGACUCUCUUUCGCUCGCAGUGAGUGCCCAGCAUGAUUGUGAAACCGUUUUUCUCGAAGGGAUUAUAGAUUCCUCGUCCGGUUGAGAUGAACUUAAAGUAAAAGAGCAGGUCAUGGACUGUAAACCUGCUUUUAAGCUACCAGAGCAACACGAACCGUGAAUAUAAUGUUGGCCAGUUAUCACCAACUGCACAGAAAGUGCCCGUCCUGCGCCAUUAUUACUAGAACCUUUGAUAAACUGCAAAACCAUCAGUUUCACCUAUGGUCUGUCUUACGGGUAGGUGAUCUGUACGCCGUCUUAACUUGCCACACGUGAUCCAGCACCUCGAAAUCCGAUUAAACUUACACUCGACAGACAUCGUCAUGAGAGAUUCUGGAAUGUUAAUCUUAGCUGCAACAUAACGUUUAUGGGGAAACACAGCUUUUCAUACAUUUGUACCACGCCCUAUAAAAAUGACGUAAUCCACAUUUACCGAGCAAAUACUGCUUGCGCUAGACGGGAAAAUAAACAGUGUUGGCGUGUAUGAGCAAAAAUAAAAGGAAAGGAUGCAUCGCGUUGACAAUCUAACUGACGACCAUAAGGAAAUAUCGGAAGUGUAAGAUUUUCUGUUUUUACACAUUAAUAGAUCAAUCACCGGUUCUUGUUCCCAUCAGGGCGACCAUAGAUGAUAAUGUUGACCAAAUACCAUGCAUAUUUUAGGUCAUUUCUGAGCUACGGAUACACUGCACUUCCCCUAAAUUUUCUAAAUAGUUGUAUAUCAACUUGAGGUAUAUGGGGUGGCAGAUAUCACUGUACAGUAGGACACUUUCCUGCUUGUUCCGAAAAGUAAUGUGUUUUAGUAGAGAAGAGCUGCAAGUUAUGUGGUUAUGUUCGACACGAUUGCGUACUGAACACUAUAUAGGCGACAAAAAAUGCAUUUGGGCAUAAUUUAUGGUGGAACAACCUAUUUAAGUGCGGAAAGUACAUGUUCACAAAAACGUACAGCGGCUGGCCUGACAUCACCUGAGCUCUUUUUGUGCUCAUUUGAACUGACGUUUUACUUAGCCCUAGUGUGGUUGCUCUAUGUAUACUUAAAUAUUUCUUCAUCAUAUAAAGCAUAGUUUGAUAUAUGCAAUCAGGUUUCCCGUCCGUUGCAAAAUUCUAUCUUGCCUGACAACUUUUAUUCACAGUGAACCCUCUGCUUUUUUACCCUGCUUUUUAUUGGAUGCUUUCUGCCUGCUGAAAUUUUUAGCAGGAUACAGAAGAUGGGCUUACUCAUGAAUGUUGCCUUACUUCCGAAAUGCGUUUUCAUUUCGAAAAUAUCUGUAAUGUUGACUUUUAAAUCUAAUCAUCUUGCAGGAUAAUUCUAUAAUAAUUAUGUUGCCUCAAGACGCCGACUCGCGAAAGAACUUCUCUCAGGCUGUAUCCAAAAAACAUACUCCAUCAAAAGUCUACUUAAUUAGCAUGCAUUCAAUCAUAUUCCAAAGAAAGCACGCGUAAAAAAUUUCAUUCUUUUACUCAAUCAAUAGAAAAUUACGUCUUCUUUAAAUUGUUUCUUCGGAGAAAGAUUAUAAUUCGGUUUUUUAAAUAGUCUCGAAAUGUGAGAUUUUUAAAUACCGUGAAGUCGUCAUAAAACGUCAUGUCUCUGUAUUUACAAUAUGGCUCAAUGGCACUGCUUAAUUUUAUGAACCCCAUAUGGUUUUCUCUUAAUACUCUAGGGAAUUGUAUGGUUUUUUGUUCGCGGAAAUUAUACGGCUUGAAGUUUUGGAACCCUGAAUUCAAGUGUAACAGCAGAGCGAGUUCAAAAUUUGUUGGGAAUUGGUAGAGUUUUAGAAACCAAAUUAUACCCUUCCAUCGAGUAUAUAGUUUAAAGAAUACAUAUUUUUUCUACUGAAUGAGCUAAAGAAUGAAUAUUUUUACGCAUUUUUUCAUUUAAUUCUGAUUUAAUUUUUAAGGCCCUCGAAAGUGAGUGGAAACAUGCUUACUAAUUAAGCAGUCACUUUUAUAUUUUAUCAUUUUUGAAUGCAGCCACGAAGAAGUUCGCUCAAAAGCCGGCCCCUGAGACAAUGGAAGCAUUAUAGAAUUAUCCUGUAUGAUGAUUCGUUUUAAACACUACUUAAUUAACCUUUUGCAAAAGAAUUCAUAUUUCGGCAAACAUUUCAUGAGUUAGCCCACUAACAGCAGUUGACAAUUAAACAACAUGUUAGUACAUAAAGAGGGUGGGUCAUGUGCGUAAACUGGCGUUGUCUUUAUACAGUGAACAAACUAGGAGGUACACAUACAUGGCACUUUAUCUAACAUUAAUUCAGGAAGAUCUAGAAACGUCAUACCAGAAUUUUAGAAUUUUAUGAAAAUUUAUGAUCCGUGUUACUUGCUAGUGAGAAGAAAAAGAAGUCGUUCACCGGACUUAAGAAAGGAUUGAAAUUAAUACUUCCUAAAUACACCAAGACAAUACAGGCCCUGAAGCAAGUGUUCGCAUAGGGCGCAAGUAUUACUCACUGAAAAUAUGUGUCUUAUAUACGACCAUAUUGCUACAAAUAAGUACAUUGGAUUGCUGACUUAUUUGCAAGUAAAGUGGAAUAUUAUAAGUAUCAUUUAUUCCUCAAAUAUACCAAUAUCGUUUUCAUCUUCCAGGAAAGAAGACACUUUUGGUAAUAAACGACCUUAAAAAACUGAUACAUCAGCAACCACAGAACGGUUGAUUUUGAAAAUGACUGGAAUGCAUGUAGCAAAACGAACGAAAAUUUCUAAGCUAAAAUGCUCCCAAGAUUUGCACUUUCUGCAGGCUUAAAUGCUACCAUCUCCAUGUUCCUGUGAGGCCAAAAAAUCAGCACAUUCGUUGAGGAGGACGUUUCGUUUAUUUGCAUACUGAAAAUGUCCACUUGCUUUAAUCGACCGCAAUUUUUCGGAGACAUAUGUGCCUAAGAAUGUAAAUCAUCAUGUCAUCCUCGUACAAGAUAGAGGAAGUACAUAUUUCCAGAAUGUACAAAAUGACGCACAACUUUUACGCGUCUAACGCGCAUUUGCUUCCGGACGAAAAAGAAUUGUUUUUUCUUCCGCCUCAAAUUCUUGACUUUAUUUCUUGGCGAAGAUAUUUUCGAGACUACAUACAUACAAAUCUGACUAAGCUGAAGCGGUUUUCAGUAAAUUUUACUGCAAAAGACUAACAUUAACAUCAGAUAGGUCCGACAACCGAUCUGAUUUAUUUUCGCUUUGACGAAAUCCUCUUUGAAGAAUAUUAUAAAUGGUACGAGAAAAAAACCUAUAUAUGCAACCCCCCUCGUUAUUAUGUGUCCAAAAAUGAAUUAGUUCAUCUCCACAGUGUCACCUCUUGGAAUUGGCGUUGGCCACAAUAGAGGGAGCGUUAGUGUCAUGGUUUUCUAACAGCAUAGCACCGGAUUCGCCAGUUGCUUAGCCACUGCCUCGGCCUUUGCUAGCAUGCGUUGGCGUGGGCCUUGGCAUCGAUUCGGUAAUGCGUAUUGAUUAAACGUGCGAGAAUAGAACUCGGAAUCGAUCGGGUCUUACCUCUAUCUAGUCAGGCGGGCAUAGGUUUACGCACCCUCUUUGCCAGGCGUCCCGUUGUACGGCCGAGGUAUCCCACUCCACAGAGGCAAGUGAAUGAGUAGAUGCACAUUGAUGUGGCCUCCAACGGUAGUUCGCCUUUAUCUCCAAAACGUAGGACGGAGAGCUUGUAAAACAUACGCGUCAAUUCGCGUGAGAAAUGCUCUCGUGAUAGCCGUAGUUAAGCGCCGUCUGACUAGUUGGCUCACUGCGUCCCCUGCAAAAGGCAAUCUCUUAUCUGCAGCUGCAACAGCCGUCUUUGCUGUGCGUUCCCAACUAUUUCGGAGGAUAAACCUGUCGGGGUAUCCGUUGCCGCGAAAUGUCUUCCGCGGUUGUUGGGGUACAGUUUUAAAAGGCGGUGUUUAUGCGUAAACUGGCGGGUAAAGUUAGGUGAAAGGUGCAUAAGGCGAAUGUUAUGAAACUUGUUGAAGGAGAUGACCAGACUUAAGUGCUUUAUUGUCAGAUAUGGGGUUUUUACUUUGUCAUCAAUUAUUGUUCACGAUCCAGUAGCCAGGUAGGUCCAUAAAUAGUUGUUUUUCGUAGCUAAGGAUUUUAUCUCUCGUGAAUUUUUUUGUAAACCUUAUGGACUCUAAAAUCGUAGCGGUGGACAUGUUAAGGCAACUAGCUUGUUUUUGACUACUUCGGGUACCUUUAGUUUGCCUGCCACUGUAUAUCUCAGCAAAAACACGCGAAAAGUGCAAAAUAAGUCAAUUCUCUGACCACUGGUAACUUUGAAAUCACCGCUCAUAAACGUUGUUUUUCUUAGUUAAUAAUUUUGUCUCUUUUGCAUUUUUUGAAUACAUGCUUGACUCUCAAAUCGUAGCGGUGGGCAUGUCGAGGCAACUGACUUACUUUCAAAUAGUUCGGGUAGCUGUAGUUUGCGUGCCGCUGUAUAGCUAAUCAAAAGCGCGCAAAAAUCUAUAACAUCAGUCAGUUGGUUGACUACUGGCAACUUGAAAUGCUGCAUUCAUAUUUGCAAUCACCGCUCAGUGUAGUUUAGGAUACAGAGGAGCAGAUUUCUAUGCGCCGAUUCGUUACGCCCGACACACCUGACAAUGGACCUGUUAACCCGUGUGACAAAUGAUCCUAUGACAAUGUAGUUGAUCACCCGGUUGGUAGCUUAGGUCACAUUAGACUAUAAAUUGAAAAUUCACGUAGGUGUGACAAAAGAAUGAAUCUUUUUAUCGUGCUUGCCAUUUCGUUUCCCUGCGUAGAAUCCUGCUUUUUCAUAAACGGUAAGUCGGAUUUCACAUUUACAUAAUGUACCAACCCAUGAAAGACGUAGCAGAAGAGACUUCAAUUAUGAUAUAUAUUUGUACAUUUCUAUUACAAUACUAUAUGACCAAUAUUAGCUGGAUAAAUACAACGUUUGCAAGGUAAUAAUCACAAACUCUGAAAAAAAAUCCUCAGUUAUUAAUUUUUGUACUACUUCUUCGAACAUCCAUACUCCAAGAAAUACCCCAAUGUCCGAGAAAUGGCUACGAUAUUAUCCUCGAUGACGUCGCAAAGUAUUUGGCCCAUCAGGCUUAUCGUGCAGGCUUUGAGAGGAAAGGUUUCCUACUAGGAAAUUCGCGUUUGAAUUUGAAAGUGCUCAUAGACCGGGCAUCCCUACAUUUCACUUGCACAUUUCUACGAGAUGUAGUGACCGCCAACUACCUACAGUACACAUGCCGAUCACCAUUUCUUGAAGCCAAAUUGCAUAUUGAAAAGCGAGUAAGAUAAUAAGUGUGAAUGGCUUUCAUGUUAUAUUUUCUCUUGGUUGUAUGUGUUACAUGAAACCCAAUAUUCUAAUCGACUUGGUUUUAUUAUAGGAAAUACAACUUCUCUUCGACCUACCUGA